AUGAUGCUCUUGCGCCACGUGCUGUGUGUGUUGGUUCUCUCCUUCUCUUGUGUCUGUGGAUGUGUGGGAGCUGAUGCAGAAGGUGACGUUCUUCAGGAAACUGAACUUGCUCCCAUUUGCAGUGAUGCUUCUGCAGACAGUAAUUGUCGUGGAGAAAAAACACCUGCUGCUUCAAUUAGUUCACUUGAUCUUGGAACAUCUAGGACUCCUGGUACUAACACUGCGUUGAAGCAGGAGCAGAUUAAUCAAUUGGAAGAAAACGAACAGGAGAGAAUGCAAGAAGAUGAUGACAGAAAACCAGGCCAACCUGAAGGAAGUAAGGUUCAAGACAACUCUAUCAUACCUAAUUCCUCUGGAAGAAGUACUACUGAAGAUAAUCAUGAGCUAAGAACAAAUCCACCAGAAGUUACUCAGAGUUCAUUGUCUCAAGCUUCAGACGCCCUCCAAGUACCUCAAUCUCCUUCUUCAUUCUCACCUCCCAGUUCAGGUUCCACACAAGGAAGAGGUGGUGGACCUUCACAUGUGCAGCCUGGCAACAGUGAUCAUCCUCAGGCUGCAGAGGAUAAAGCGGCUGACGACAGUAAACGGGAGAACCCGUAUAUGACUGAUACUGAACAAGAAGAAGAAAAGACGCAGGAAAAUCCGAAUAGCUCGCAUACUACUUCCCCUUCUGAAACCAAUACAAAUAAUUCGGAACCUCAGGAGAGAAGUACUUCACAGGACCAGACACCCGUUACACAAGAUUCUCAAUCAGACACCAACACCCGUGAGUCUUCUAACGCGGACCACACGAACACUGACACUACCAAUACACCCAGCAAUGAUGAGGAAUCAACCUCAACCUCCACCACUACCACAACAACAACAACACUUCCUCCUGAACUCGCAAACAACAAGAAGGGUGAUGCAGACAGCAGCAGCAGUAUCAGCAGUUCUGUGUGGGUACGUGUGCCACUACUGAUUGUGGUUACACUGGCCUGUAUUCUUGUGUGCUGA